AUGUGUAAUAGAGAAGGAUUCAAGUCAAAAGAUAUUAAGGAGAUUAAUGACCCCUUGAGGAAAAGACGUAAGCAGACAGACACGCGAUGCGGUUGUGAUGCCCAUAUAUUUGUUAGACUUUGUGGGGAGAACACCUACAAGAUAGACUCAUGGAUUGAGCAUCAUGUUCAUGGUCUUGUAUCACCUGAUAAGCGUCAUUUGAUCAGAUCCAAUCGUAGAGUUAGUGAGAGGGCAAAGAAUACUUUAUACACAUGUCAUAAGGCAAGCAUUGGAACCUCCCAGGCAUACAGGCUCCUGCAAGUUAGCAAGGGUGGAAUUCUGAAUGCUGGGUGCACAAAGAGGGACUUGCAAAAUUACUAUCGCGGACUCAGGUAUAAAAUCAGAGACGCAGAUGCUCAAAUGUUUGUGGCCCAAUUAGCUAGAAAGCAGGAAGUGAAUUCAGCAUUUUUCUAUGAUUUUGAGGUGAAUGAUGAGGGGAACCUGGUGCGUGUGUUCUGGGCGGAUGCCACAAGUAGGAAGAACUAUAGUCACUUUGGUGAUGUGAUAUCCUUCGAUUCUACAUACACCACUAAUCAGUACAACAUGAUAUUUACACCAUUUACAGGGGUUAAUCAUCACUUACAAAGUGUCCUUUUUGGUGCUGGAUUCUUAUCAAAUGAGAAGGAUGAGUCAUACAUUUGGUUAUUUCAGACCUUCCUAAAAGCAAUGGGAGGGGUAGCACCUAGACUCAUCAUAACUGAUGAAGCUGCUAGCAUCAAGAAUGGUAUUGACAAAGUUCUUCCAGCCACUAUGCAUAGGUUAUGCAUGUGGCAUAUAAUGGAAAAGGUGCCUGAAAAAGUUGGACCUUUGAUUAGAGAAGAUUCUGAAUUUUGGCCGAGGUUGAACUCAUGUGUUUGGGGUUCAGAAACUGCAAGUGAGUUUGAAUCACAAUGGAAUUCCAUCAUUACAGAUUUUGGGUUGGAGGAUAACGAGUGGUUAGCUAAGAGGUUUACCAUUAGAGAUACAUGGAUACCAGCCUACUUUAUGGAUAUAUCUCUUGCGGGCUUGCUCCGAACCACUUCAAGGCUUGCUUUUGUUGAGUUCUGGCUUAGGUUCGACACAGCUUUAGAAUGCCAACGUGAGGAAGAAUUAAUGGCAGACAAUAGAAGCAUGCAUACCACCCCACAACUAUUUACGCCAUGGACAAUGGAGAAACAAGGUAGUGAG